CCACCUCUACCCAGGGGAGGAAGGGGGGCCUCAGCCUCAGCCCCAGGACAGGUCAUGGUGUGUGUGGUAUGUGCAUAACCAUGGCAACCCUGGAGCGCACACACACUGUGUGCAUGUGCCUGUCUCCCUGCUGCUUAAAUGUGUAUUUGUAUUCAUGUGUGUAUGUGUGUGUCUCCACUCUCCAGCCCGGUCCAAGAGCAUGGUGAUGGGAGAUGUGUCCCGGGGCCCAUGCCGCCCAUCCUCCCCCAGUCUCCAGGAGGGGGCUCUGAAGGCUGGCUGGCUGAAGAAACAGAGGAGCAUCAUGAAGAACUGGCAACUGAGAUGGUUUGUGCUGCGCUCCGACCAGCUUUUCUUCUACAAAGAGGAGGAGGAGACCAAGCCACAGGUACUGAACAUCCACACCUAAGCUCUUCUUCACGUUCUUACAGAGGUUAGCUGAAAUCCUUUAUUUGGUUGAAUGUGGGACCUUACUAUAUAACCAAUGUCACAGGUUCAGAUCCUCUCCACAAAUACUUUGCUUGUUUGCUGGGGUUUUUCAUCCAUUCCUUAGACACGCAGGUCAAAAGGCCAAUAGAAAAUAAAGCACUUUCUAUACCAUGACCUAGCCUGGAUGGAUUACGUUGUCAUCGUGCCCUGCCUAGGAGGAAAAUCAGCAUGAAAUAUAAUUUUGAUACCGUCGCUCAAUGUUGGUCAGGAGUCAUGACACCUGUUAGUUGACACCUUUUAAUCACAGGCUGUCAAUAGUCAUCCAGCCAGCAUUGAUUUCUCUACACACCUCCUUGCACGGUAAUCAGGAUGUGUGGAAGUGUCAAUCUGGACGCUUUUUCCCCAUCUAAUCAAUAGGAAUCGGAGCACCGUAAGCAAAUCACACAGCAAGGUCUCACACUGAGAUGAAAGGAAAUUAUAAUUGGAGGAAGGACAUUUGCACAAAAGCGAUUUAUAGUCAUUUCUCAUCAUGUAGAGCAGGUCAUUAAGGAAUGGAUUGGUGUUAGAGCCAGAGAGUUUGCUCCAAGGCUCAUUCUGAAGGAAGAAUAAUCUCAGAUCUUGAGUUACAUCUUGGUUCUUCUCAUUCAUUCGUUCCCACCGGCAGUAUUCAAGGCACAUUGUACACUUGGGAGAUCUGCUGCUGGUCUGCUAGCCCUGCUCCAAUGUUCUAUCAAUUUGUUGCCAUGGUGACUAAUGUGGCGACAGCUUGGCCUCUGGUUUGGCCAUUUGGAAGAUCCCAGCUUGUUUGAUGUGGGAUAGUGCCAGCACCAGACUGGUAGAAUGAGACCGACUUUCCUUCUGAGAAGUCUCUAAUUAACAGGCCUUGAUUCCGUUGUUAAAUGACUAUUGAUCUGCAUUUGAUAAUGUGUACAUUUCAGAUUAAAGAGAUCGAUAUAAAUAUAGAGAUCUUCGGUCUAUUUUCUACCCUAAUAUUCUCAUCACGAUGUAAUCAAUAUUUGUGAUUUAACCGAUUAGAGUCUCACUGAGGUAUCGUUAAUCUUUGGUUUCGAAUGGAUGGAUUCCCAAAUGCUGCUGAUUCCUGUGUUUCAGUGAAGUCCUUCUCUGUUUGUUUGUUCAAGGGCUGCAUACCCCUGCAGGGCUGUCAGGUGAAUGAGCUCACCGCCAACCCAGAAGAACCAGGGAGACAUCUUUUUGAAAUCGUUCCAGGUGAGGUGAUCCAUCAACACCAAACCCUAUCCUCUUCUCACAAAAAAAAUACAUGUGCUGUCAAAGUCAGGCAUCACUCAAGCUGACUCAAGAUUUUAUGAGGAAGAUAUAUAUUUAUUUUAGCAUAUUGCAGUUUCCUCAAUGCCACAUUAGGCCAGCAGGGGGCAAUGCUGAUGUUUCACAACGGCGGCUGGUGUAGAGAAUGGAGAUGUAGGACACAAACAGUACACACUACCGUCUGGUUGAUGAGCUUGCACUCAAUGCACUGUGCAAUUAUAUCACCAGCUAAGAAUUGCUCCUGAAAUCCUGUGGAUGUUAAUCUCUCUCAUAACAUAAUUUCCAAACCAAGACUUCAGAAUCAGAACAAAUCUCUAAGAACACAUUAAUACCUUAGAGUGAAAAGAGAAUGUUCUAGUCUUGUCCAGGCUUAUUAACCCCAAUAGCAGGGUCUCAUGUCUAUCAGGAGUCUGUUACAGUUGACAUCCAUACACAGACAAUACAAAGCUUUGCCUGGGGGCGAGUGUGCUGGAAAGGCCGUACUCAGUCAGCUCCUCAAGCUUUUGGUUGCGCUCAAUACAUAAUAAUGGUCAUUUUCAAUUAAAGUCACUCAGAGUGUGCGAGGUAGCUAUAUCACUCAGUAAAAGGGUAUUUGCUAGGUGGUUUUUCCCAGUGGGUCCCUGUGUGUUUUAUUUAUGCUGAGUAAAUAUUGCAGGAGAGUGUGACCCCAAUCAACCAAGUGUGGAUGGGCCAGGCAGGCAGGCAGGCAGGCAGGCAGGCAGGCAGGCAGGCAGGCAGGCAGGCA